AUGUCUCGAUCGACGGUAAUAAGUCAAGAAAAACAUCAGCAGACGGAGGACGACAGUCGGACGAAAACCAAACGGAAAAGAAAGAGCUCCGCAAAAGUUCAAGACGAACCUGAGAAGAAAGAAACAGAUGACAGGGACGAGUCGAUCGAUGCUGCCGAUCAAUCAUCAGUAUCUGCUGCUCAAAUAAACGCCGAGCUACCUAAGAAAGAGAAGAAGAAGAAAAAGAAGAAAGCGGCCGAAAUAAUCGCCAGAGAAGAAGCAGCCGAAGAAUGCACUUCAACAAUUAUCCCCAACAAAUCGAAAUGUGAUGAAGAUAAUGAAGAUGAUAAUGAUGAUGAUGGCAAGCCUGAAGAGAGAAAUCCGGCUCAAAAGAGUGAAACGAAAUUGGGGAACCAAACAAGGGAGGCGGUGACGAGUUCUCGAAAGGUGGAAUCGAUCUUCACGACGGCCACAAGAUCCAAGCACGGUGUCUGGGUGGGCAACCUACUAUUCACGACGACCGCCCAGGAGCUAGCGCGGUUCUUCGAGCCAGCAGGGAAGGUGACCCGGCUGAACAUGCCGGCAGGCAAGCGGGCGCACGAGGCGAAUAGCGGGUUUGCGUAUGUGGACUUCGACAGCGCCGAGGCCGUCGACGCGGCCCUCGAGAAGUCCGAGUGUCUGCUCGGAGGCCGCAAGCUGCUCAUCAAACGCUCCUCCGAUUACUCCGGCCGUCCCUCCGCUAUCCCCGCCUCAUCAACUACUCCCUCCUCCAAUUCAACUACCCCUUCCGCUUCCAUCCCUCCCCCCACUGUCAGUAAAUCUGUUCGCAAGAUCCUCGAUCGCCAGAAACAACCUCCCGCCCCCUGUAUUUACUUCGGCAACUUGGGCUUCGAAACAACCAGUGAAGGUAUAGUGUCGAUGUUACAUGCUCAUCACCAAGCUCAACAAGUAUGGAAGCCUAAGAAAAACACAAUCAAGAUGAAUGGAAAAGACCAGGAGGAGGAGGAAGAAGACGAGGAGGAGGAGGAGGAGGAAGAGGAAGAGGGAAGAGGGAGGGCCAAACCAGAUACUCGUUCGGCGCAGGUUGGGAUCCGCAAAGUCCGAAUGGGCACGUUUGAAGAUACUGGAAAAUGUAAAGGGUUUGCGUUUGUGGAUUUCGAGACGAUCGACCAAGCGACGAAUGUGCUAGUGAAUCUGAAGAACCACCGCUUGGACGGCCGGAACCUGACGGUUGAAUAUGCCUCCGUGGAGGCCGUCAAGCGGGGCGGCGGCUCGGUGCGGUCGAUGCAUCAGCAGCAGCAGUCUAAGCGGGGAUACCUCGGUUCGGCAGGGCCGACCGGCCGACCGGACCGGUUCCAACGCGACGAAGCCCCACAUCUGGCCAGAAGGCCGCCGCCGUCCAUCGAGCCCCGGCCCCGCACCCAUCCUAAUAAUCCCUCAUCCACCCGCUCCCAUCAGCCCACCGCUCCCUUUGCACCACCGCCAAUCAUCGCUCCUCCACCAGCCGCCGAAGAGCCCGUCAGGAAAGUCAAGAAAGAGUUCAAGGGAAGACAGAAACCCGGCGCUGCCCUGGCUAACGCUCAACGUGCCCCAACCGGGAUCGUCAAAAACCCCGAAACAGUCGGCAAGAAAAUCGUCUUCAGUUGA